GCCGUGAUCAAGAUGGCAGGAGUAUGACGAGCAUGGACAGCGUCAUUCCACUUUAUGUUAUGGCCUCAUUCUUCCAAGUUUCGGCAUUGACUUCGGUGUCGUCGAGUGGCUAUUGCAAUAUGACGUCGGACGACAGCCAGGAUCUGGUUGUGGUCGAGAGCUAA